GCAGGGGGGGAACCUUGGUGCUUAGCUCCGUUUCCACCGGAAGUCAAUAGCGUGAGCACCAGGAGUGCUGUAGGCGCAACAAACCGGAGUCUGACAGCUAGGUCCGUCCAUAAGUCUACGGUCUGACAGCAGAGCCACGGCCUCCGCGGGCCCCCUCCGCGGACUGGGGACGUGUCCAGAGCCCCCGGGAGACAUGGAGGAGCCCAGCGGCCCCACGGGGUCUGCCCCGAGCCCCGGGAGCCCCGGUCACUGGCGAAACUGGAGUGGGUUUUGGUGAGUGGCCGUCGUUCCGGGGGGGGGAGGCCGGGGACGAUGUCCCUGUCAGACGGGCUGAGCCCGCACAGGGCCGCGUGACGGCCGCUGGUCGCUGCUCCGGAGCCCUGCGGACCAGGGUUAGGGUUAGCCCUCAUCUGCGGGCUGCUCAGCCCCCGGGGGGGGCCAGGCUGCGGCAGAUCCUCGGACUGUGUAACAACUAUGCUUACGUUGUCAUGCUGAGUGCUGCCCAUGACAUCCUGGAAAAGCAGGAGUCCAGAAACUCCACAGCAGCAGCUUCAGCUCCUGGAACUGAGCGCCAAGAGGGCAACAACAACCCCAACGGCAGCAGCCCCUACGACUGCAGCCCCGUGUCCACCGGGGUAAAGGCCGCUUGCCACACAGCCCGCCACGCAGCCCGCCAUGUAGCCCGCCACACAGCCCGCCACAGUGGGAAGCAGCCCUGUUCUGAACUUUGUCCGACCAGGCUGCAGAGCCAUUGGGCGGUGCUGCUAGCUGACAUCCUGCCUACACUCCUCAUCAAACUGGUUGCUCCCUUUGUGGUCCACAAAGUGCCUUAUGGGCUCCGCGUCUUGUUCUGUGCCUUCAUGGCAGCCAGCAGCUUCCUCCUGGUGUCCUUCUCCUCUGCCAUGUGGAUGAGCAUUCUGGGUAAAGCUGCCCGACUGCUGCCUUGGUCCGGGCUCAGGGAGGGAGUGGUGUUUGCCAGCGUCAGCUCUGGACUGGGAGAGCUGUCCUUCCUCUCGCUCACAGUCUUCUUCAGCAGAACCGUGUUGGAGGGUUGGGGCUCUGGCACUGGUGGGGCAGGGGUUGCUGGCUCCUUUCUCUACUCCAGCCUCAUCCAGGGUGGCCUCACCCCCAGGGUGACUCUGCUCAUCAUGCUGGUGGUCCCAUUGGCUAUGGUAGUUAGCUAUUUUGGCAUGCUGGUCCCCGAGCAUCCGCUGCCCCAGUGGAGGAGGGCGGACGCUGACCGCUGGGCUGUGGGCUGGGAGGAGAGGCAGAGUCUCACGCAGGGAGCAGAACAGGAGGAGCCUGAGGAGACAUCAGGCCCAGCAGAGGACGGACCCGGAGGAGCCCUUAGCUUCUCAGAGAGGCUGCAUGUCAUCAGGGGCCUGCUCAGGUUUGUCCUCCCUCUGGGCCUGGUCUACUUUGCAGAGUACUUCAUCAACCAGGGCCUGAUGGAGAUCCUGUUUUUCCACAACUUUUUCCUCUCCCAUGCGGAGCAGUACCGCUGGUACCAAUGUCUGUACCAAAUUGGAGUGUUUCUGUCUCGAUCUUCCCUGCGCUGGAUAAAGAUCAGGAGAAUCUGGGCUCUGGCUCUACUGCAGGUGGUGAAUGCAGUGUUUCUUCUGCUGGCUGCUCGCUACCAGUUCCUGCCCAGCGCCUGGCUCGUGUUCGCCAUCAUUCUUUAUGAGGGUCUGCUAGGUGGAGCUGCCUAUGUCAACACCUUCCACUUCAUUAGCAAAGAGACGGACUCCAGACACAGGGAGUUUGCCAUGGCUGCUGCCAGCGUGGGAGACAGUCUGGGAAUAGCUCUGGCUGGACUGGCAGCCUUUCCCACCCAUGGAUACUUCUGCUCCCUGUGACGGGCCUACAGACAGCUGUCAGACUCUGCUCCCCUCCGGGCUGCAGGUUUUAGAGGUUUUACCUGUUUCAUACACCUGAUUCACAUCAGAGAGCCAUCAGCAAAGCUCAAGAUCCAGUUUAAUCACAACCAGAUGUGAUGAAGCGGGAACACCUCUAAACCCCGGAGAGGACCGGAGCAGGACAGCCCUGACCUACAGCAUGCAUUAUUUUAGUUUCUGUUCAAAUGGGGACAUUCCUUCUGAAAAAUCAUUCCAACUUCUGCUUUUAAUCAAGCUUUUUUAGUAGCAUGUAAGUAUAAUUUUGUAGCGUUUAUUGGGUGAGAUGCACGGGCCACCCAGGACAGUUUGUGUAUUUCUCAUGUUAAUUACAUGUUUCAAGUGUUCCACCUCUAAGUAUAACUAAAUUAUGAAACAACUGUGGUAAUAAUGAGUGAAGCCACCUGGGGCAUAUUUGACCUGUUAGAGAUAUUCAACAGAUCGUUUACAGGAAUACGUAUUAUGACUACCCUGAUUUUCAUGCUCCAAGAAGUCAAAAAAGAAGGAGUUUCUGUUUGCUGCAGAGGAUCUACACAAACCAAAGACUGGUCCAGAUGGGUGAGCUUUCACCCGGGCCAGGACUUCCUCUUUUUAAGUGCCUUUCUUUAGAAUGUGCUCCACUUUAAACUUGGGAUGAGGGGAUCAAAACCUUUUUCUCUUUUUUUGUGAAUCGUUUUUGUCAUUUUAGCACUCAUCAAAACAAGAAUGUUUAGAGGUUUAAGGAGCUUUUAAUAAGCCACAAUCUCGAGUUUUAAGAACCUUUAAAGGAAUACGACAUAGGUCUCUUUAUUGUUUAACUACAACUAUAGCUUGUUAUAAAUUCUUCAUAAGGCAAGUCCAUAGAGCUUGAUUUGCUUCCUCUGAAGCAGGUUGUGUAUUAAUGUGCACGUUCUACUGACAUUUUAAACAAAUUGUGAAACAGUCAAUUUGUCAAUGUUUUGUAAAGACUUUGUUGCUUAAGUUUGUGUUUUUAUUGGAGAGAAUUACUCUGAAAAUAAAGACCAUGUAUUUUUGUGAACUGAGUUUCUUUUUCAGUGUUCAAUC